AUGUCCGGCUUACUUAAUUCUUCUCUGAACGGAUCUGCUUCAAAUCUUCCAGACGGUGCUGGGCGUUCUUUUACUACAUCAUUCUCUAGUCAGUCUGGUGCAGCCUCGCCAAUUUAUCAGCAUACUGGUGGUAUUCAGGGGUUGCACAACAUGCACGGGAGCUUUAACAUUCCUAACAUGCCUAGUACACUUACAUCAAGAAACUCAACAAUAAACAGCAUGCCAUCUGGAGCAGUUCAGCAACCUACAUCAAGUCUUUCCAGUGGAAGAUUUUCAUCCAAUAAUUUGCCUUCCGCUCUGUCACAGCUAUCUCAUGGAAGCUCUCACGGACAUUCAGGAGUCAACAGUAGAGGGGAAUCAGCAAGAAGAAGCACGGAGUGA